GACUGAAAGGCAGUCCCCGCCCCUCCGAGCCGUCAAAACAAUUGCCUCGAGCGGCAGCCAUGAUAAAUUUAAAGGGGUAGUACCUACGAAGGCGGCAGCCGGACCAGCAGACUGCAGUUGCAGGUCAGAGUUUCUUCCGGGCUCUGGCCUGGGAGCCGCCUGAAGCCAAGGGCUUCUGCUCUGUACGCAGCCCAGGAUGUCAGGCCUGGUGUUGGGGCAGCGGGAUGAGCCUGCAGGGCACCGGCUCAGUCAAGAGGAGAUCUUGGGCAGUACCAGGUUGGUGAGCCAAGGGCUGGAGGCCCUACACAGUGAACAUCAGGCCGUGCUACAGAGCCUGUCCCACACCAUCGAGUGUCUGCAACAGGGAGGCCAUGAGGAAGGACUGGUACAUGAGAAGGCCCGGCAGCUUCGACGGUCUAUGGAGAACAUUGAGCUGGGACUGAGUGAGGCCCAGGUGAUGCUGGCUCUGGCUAGCCACCUGAGCACAGUGGAGUCUGAGAAGCAGAAGCUGCGGGCCCAAGUACGGCGGCUAUGCCAGGAGAAUCAGUGGCUGCGCGAUGAGCUGGCAGGCACUCAGCAGCGGCUACAGCGCAGCGAGCAGGCUGUGGCUCAGCUAGAGGAAGAAAAGAAGCACCUGGAGUUCUUGAGGCAGCUGCGCCAGUAUGAUGAGGAUGGGCACAGCAUGGAGGAGAAGGAGGGAGAUGCUACCAAAGAUUCCCUGGAUGACCUCUUCCCCAAUGAGGAGGAGGAGGACUCCAGCAAUGACUUGUCCCGUGGUCAGGGUGCUGCAGCGGCCCAGCAGGGUGGAUAUGAGAUCCCAGCAAGGUUGCGGACUCUGCACAACCUGGUUAUCCAGUAUGCUGCUCAGGGUCGCUAUGAGGUGGCUGUGCCGCUCUGCAAGCAAGCGCUAGAGGACCUGGAGCGCACCUCUGGCCGAGGUCACCCUGACGUGGCUACUAUGCUCAACAUCCUGGCUUUGGUGUAUCGGGACCAGAAUAAGUACAAGGAGGCCGCACAUCUGCUGAAUGAUGCCCUCAGCAUCCGGGAGAGCACCCUAGGCCGGGACCACCCAGCCGUGGCUGCCACACUCAACAAUCUGGCUGUGCUGUACGGCAAACGGGGUAAAUACAAGGAAGCAGAGCCAUUGUGCCAGCGGGCACUGGAGAUCCGAGAGAAGGUCUUGGGCACCGACCAUCCAGAUGUGGCAAAGCAGCUGAACAACUUGGCCCUCCUGUGUCAAAACCAGGGCAAGUACGAGGCAGUGGAACGCUAUUAUCAGCGGGCACUAGCUAUCUAUGAGAGUCAGCUAGGGCCGGACAACCCUAACGUAGCUCGGACCAAGAACAACCUGGCUUCCUGUUACCUAAAGCAGGGCAAGUACUCUGAGGCUGAGACUCUGUACAAAGAGAUCCUGACCCGGGCCCAUGUGCAGGAGUUCGGGUCUGUGGAUGAUGACCACAAGCCGAUCUGGAUGCACGCUGAGGAGCGGGAGGAGAUGAACAGGAGCCGGCCCCGGGACAGUGGGGCACCCUAUGCAGAGUACGGAGGGUGGUACAAGGCCUGCAGAGUGAGCAGCCCCACAGUGAACACUACUCUGAGAAACCUAGGGGCUCUGUACCGGCGCCAGGGAAAGCUGGAGGCAGCCGAGACCUUGGAGGAAUGCGCUCUGCGCUCCCGGAAACAGGGUACUGACCCCAUCAGUCAGACCAAGGUGGCCGAGCUGCUUGGGGAAGGAGAUGGUAGAAAGACCAUCCAGGAGGGCCCUGGAGACAGUGUGAAGUUUGAGGGAGGUGAAGAUGCGUCGGUGGCUGUGGAGUGGUCAGGGGAUGGCAGUGGCACACUCCAGAGGAGUGGCUCUCUGGGCAAGAUCCGGGAUGUUCUUCGGAGAAGCAGUGAGCUCCUGGUGAGGAAGCUCCAAGGGACCGAGCCUCGGCCUUCCAGCAGCAACAUGAAGCGGGCAGCCUCUCUGAACUACCUGAAUCAACCCAAUGCAGCCCCCCUCCAGGUUUCCCGGGGCCUCAGUGCCAGCACCAUGGAUCUUUCUUCGAGCAGCUGACAUUCAACUCCCUCUUCCAGUCUGCUGGGUCCCCACAGCCCUCACCGCAUUCCCCAUGGCUCCAGUCUCUUCCCCAACUCAAUAGGAUGGUGAAGAGGGAGCCUUUUAAGUGGAGGAUUGCUGUUUCUAGGGUCUAGGCUCCUUCCCUGGGAACCCCCCUUCGGAAGGGCCCUCAGGAUGUGCUCUCUACCUUGGAAUCCUCUAGCAUAGCUGACUGAGGCUUCCAAGGUGGGGAAAGUGGGUCUGCACCUCAGGGAUGCGCCUGCUACUGGCUUUUCUGUCAGUUUGGGGCUGGCCAGCUGAGCUGCCUUGCCCUGGCCUCUUUUAUCCUCUGCUGCCUCACUUCAGGUUCACGUAUUUCACUAUGUUUCUUUAAUAAAUGAAUCAGGUAACAUUU